GGGAGCUUCCUGCCGCCACUGCUUUGCUUGAGAGUAGAACUAGGUCUGUGGUUGUUCUUCCAUUCCUCUACCUUUCCUCCUCUCCUCUCUCAUACACUCCUCCUCCUCCUACAUAACUCACUAUAGCUCACUCCCGCCAGCAUUGGCACGACCCUCCCCCGCGUGGUGAACCCAUUGGAAGCCUUCACCUGGAUUUACACCUCAAUCCCCGCUCUCGGCUGAAUCUCCACCACCACCGCCCGCCAUGGACGUCGUCCUCGAGGUGUUUGACACGUACCUCUUCGACCGAGUCUACGCGACCCUCCUCCCCAUAUCGCAGUCCAUCACCUUUGACCCGGUCUCCACCCUCGCCGCGUCGCUCAAAACAUUCGCCAACCACAACGCGACCUUUGCCCAACACCAGCAACAACAACAACAAGAAUACCUCACAAAAUCAUCAUGGCAAUACACACCCACGACCGACUCCUUCUCCCUCGAGCCGAGCGAAUACGCAUACCUCUCCCGCUGGGACCGUGACAACCUCUUCCGUCAAUUCGUCUCAUUCUUCAUCAUCUCCUCCGUCUUCGCCAAUGUCCUCUACUUCACCUUUGCGACCCUCUCCUACAUCUUCAUCUUCGACAAGACGACCGUCAACCAUCCGAAAUACCUCAAGAACCAGAUGAAGCUGGAGAUUCAACAAGCCAUUGCCGCCAUCCCCACCAUUGCCGUGUUCACCGCCCCAUGGUUUGUCGCUGAGGUUCGAGGAUACUCCUUCAUCUACGACAACCUGUCCGAGGUCAACCACCCGAUCGUAACCCACAUCUUUGGCAGCUGGUACACGUACCUCCAAUUCCCCAUCUUCCUCAUGUUCACCGACUUCUGCAUCUACUGGAUCCACCGCGCGCUCCACCACCCGAUCCUCUACCGCCGUCUCCACAAGCCGCAUCACAAAUGGAUCAUGCCGACUCCCUACGCCUCUCUCGCCUUCCACCCGCUCGACGGAUAUGCUCAGAGUGUGCCGUACCACCUCUUUCCGUUUCUCUUCCCGCUCCACAAGUUCGCUUACAUCGCGCUAUUCACAUUCAUCCAGAUCUGGACGGUUAUGAUUCACGACGGGGAGUACGUCGCCAACUCGCCGAUCAUCAACGGAGCGGCGUGUCAUACGAUGCACCACUUGUACUUCAACUACAACUAUGGGCAAUUCACCACGUUGUGGGACCGUCUGGGAGGCAGCUACAGGAAACCUAAUGAAGAGCUGUUCAAGAGGGAGACGAAGACAAGUGAUGCCGAGUGGAAGAGGCAGGCGAAGGAGAUGGAGAAGAUGGUUGUCGAGGUGGAAGGAAAGGACGAUCGGAGUUACGAGCCGGAUGUCGUGGUGAAGAAGGUGCAAUGAACGGAUGAAGGAACAGUGACUUGAAGCGAGCGCAAGAGCAAGAGAACAGAUGAGGUGGCAGAGGACGAUCUUAAGCGAAAAUUCUGCUCCAGAGUGCGAUCCUUCGACGGACGCAGCAGUCAAGCGACGCAGACGGGUUGUUUUCACAGGCGUUCACAUCAUGGAAAGGGAG